UCACUGAAAAUGUCAGAAACUGUUCAGCCUUUAAUGUUCAAAAUGGAGUUGGACAAUUGGUUGGACAAGUCCAUACAAGCUUCUGAAUGGUUAGUUGAUGAAUUUAUGUAGCUGAUGUGAAAGUUAACUAUCUUAAAGUCAUUGAUUAGCAUAUUCUGUCAUGAUGAUCUAUAAAUCACUCAUGUGGAAACUGCUGUAAGAUACCUACAGAGCCAGAGAAUAUAUGCUGCAUGAAGAUAGAACAGAGGGAGAGAGCAACAGGCAGACAGACUGUGAGUUUUAAAAAGGAGUGGAAGACAGGUGCCAAGAAACUGAGGAUCAAAAGCACAGUGAUCAGUAGCUCAAGCCAAGAAACCAGAGAAAGAGAGAUUGUGCAGUAAUCCUGUAGAGGGACCCCUUUCAUUCUCCUUCCGCUAACCUCACUCCUACUCAGCAGUGCUCUGUCCAUAAGGGAGGGAUGAGAGAGAGAGAGAGAGAGAGAGCACAGUCUCGUUGUGUGGAAUUCUUGGGCAGACAUCGCAACCGUUACACCUCUUCCUACUGUUCUGCCUCAGUCACUGUCUGUGGAAAAGGGCUAUUACUUACUGCAAACGGAGGACUCCUUCACAAGCCAAAAGAAAGGGAGCGAAAGAGAGGAAAAAGAGUGAAAGAGAAAGAAAGAAAGAGAAGAACUAAAGCAACAACUGGACAGAAGGAACAAACUGACUGCCUUUCCUGUUUAAAAGAAAAGAAGGAAAACGGAAGGCACUGGAGUAUUUGUUUUUUUCUUUCGUUUUGUUUUUUUCUUCUUUCUCAUCGUUGUGCUGGGAGGCACAUCAUCUUUUCAUUUGUUCGCUCUCUCCAUCAUUUGCCUCCUGAUCUAUUUCUCCAUCUAUAUGGUGUAUAAUUUUGUCUAUUUAUGACGAGACAGGAGAGAAGAGAAAGAAGGGGCAAGUUUUUUUUUUCUCUUUCAUUCAUUUUUGACUAUUUAUGUCCCCCUUCAUUCCUUCACCUGUCCCUCCUUUCCAUCAUCCCCUCUUCCUUCCAUCCUUCCCUCCCUCCCUUCAUCUCAAAAGUGUGAUGCUCCCUGAAUGAAAGUUGGUUAGAAUUGUGAAAGAGACUCAAAAACCAUCUCCACAUCUCCUUAUCAGUUUUUUAAUUCUUCUUUUUCUUUCUCUCUUUUUUAAACAGUUCUUUUAGUCCUCCACCAUCUACCCUCACGUAUCACUCUUUUUUUCCCUGGAUGCUUUAAUAUUCUUCUAGGUAGGUUUAACUGCUCGUUUAGUGUCUGUCCGGUCUGUUUGUCUGUGUGUGUGUACUUGUGUGUUCUUUUUUUACAUAUACAUAAAACACACAUCGACACACACAUACACACAUGCAUUAAACUAAUGGACAGCCAGGUGUCAAGAGUUAAAUAUCACUUCUCCAUGCCCAUUUUUACUCUUCUUCAACUCUGUCCAUCUUCCACUCUCACUUAUGAACAGAAAGCCAUUUGUUUCCUGCCAUUCUUUCUUUUGUAACACACACACUCACACAAACACACACUUAAAACACUCAAACACAUCUGGUCUUGGGCUGCCCGCUCUGAAACAUCCUCCAUUCAUCUCCAGUGUCCAGUGCAAGCAUCAGUGUCUUCUGUUUUAUUUGAGAAAUCAUUGCAGACACAUUUCUGAGAUGAGGUUCUGCUUCCAUUCUUUGACAGAGAUGGGUGAGGUUGGAGUGCCUGCUUAAUUUGUGGUUCUUGGACACAUUUUGAACUUGUGAUUUGUGUUGUCUGCAGCCUCCUUUGAGCUGUUGAAACAUGAAACCUGAAUUGUGAACAAUAAAUUGGUAUUUGCUCAAAAUAUUGAUUAGGGUUCAGUGCAGCAGUCGUUUUUUUUUUCUCCCCUCAUUUCACCUGCUGGUGAGAUUGAGUCCAUUUGCGCUGUUAUGGUCACCUCUUUCGUUUUAUUGAGUGUUUAAUUUUCUGCUGUCACUCGCCAUCUUUUUCUCUCAUUUUAUCCGCUCAUCUAACACCUUUCGGACAGGCCGUCACCGCCACUUCUUAUGCCCACCUCUUGAUUUUCUCUUUACUCAUUUAGGGUCCCUGUUUUUAGGUGUCGUGCAUGACCAUUGUAUGACUGUAAUCUCAAUAGAGAAUUAAACUUUUCACUCCCCAUUGUAAGUUAUUUAAACCCCAUCAAUUAUCCUCCUUGAAUGAUCCUUUUGCACUUCAUUUUAUACAUUUUAAUUCAGAACUGCUUUCUUUGAUUGAUUGAUUGAUUGAUUGAUUAGUAUUUUGAUUUUGUUGUAUGUAAGAUAUAUUCACCGCUAAAUAUUAUAGAGUCAAAAAGGAGUGUUUUUAUUUUUCCUUGGUUUUCAUUUCAUUUUAAACUAAUCUAAGAAAGGGAUGGUGAUCCGAGAAGUGACGUUGUGUCACAACUUAAGAUGGAAGGAAAUCUGAACAUCUCCUUUUUCCAUUCAUGUUGAUUUUAUUUUCUAUGCAUCAUUAUUUAGUUUAUGUGCUUAAGCUUCACUCUUGAUUGGUGAUCUCAAAUAAAUCUCAAAUAAAAUUCAGUUUCGGCUAAAACUUUAAGUUUCCUUUAAACAUCCCAAAUUCAUCAUAUCCCUCAUAUUUUUUCUUAUAUAUGGACUGUUUGAAAAACAAACAAUCAAAAAGAAAAAAAGCAUCUCACUUGCCAAUUAUUGGGCGAAAUGGACAUAUCAGUGGAAGGCGGCCAUCUUGUCUAACGUUUUUGAAUGCUUGCACUCGCCCGCUGUCUUGUGUAUCACAUUUUUGUAAACAUUACCCAAAUAAUAAUGAUGAAAUGCCACAGGACAAUUAGACUGUGUCAUGAGAAGGACUCAACGAAAAACGUUCAUGGAUAUUUGAACCAAUGACAAUUUAAGACCAGACGCCGCUUCUCCAGCUCUCUCACUACUGGACUCUGCUGGGUGUCAAGCAACUCCAGAGUUUGUGGACUUGUUCACAGAUGAAAAUGAACUUUUAGAAACAUUUUAUCUUCUUCUUUUCACCUUUUUCGUUUUAUAUCACAUUUUGUAGCCGAUGUAGGCCUGACAUUGUCCUGGUUCAUUUGAAAUUUUACGUACAUUUCUUAGGUUUGAUAUAAGACUUUUCCUGAGUGACUGAACAUCAUUCACAUAGCUCAAGCAUUUAAACUUUUACUUGUCUUUUAUUUUGUCUUCAUUUGUGAGCCAGGCAUCUUUCUUACUUUUCUUGACUGACUUUUCUUAAUAGUUUUGAUUUGAUAUACAAUUGCCUGUGCUCAGUCAUCCAGCCUGGAUUUACAGUAGGGACCAACGCUUUCAUCCACGGUCUCUACACCAGUCCUGCUUUUUCUUACCAAUCCCUCAAACUACUUCAACGGUCAGUCACUCCUCCAUCCAGGGCUAUGAGAGGAAGAGACAAGACCCAGCUCACAUCAUCAUGCAGGAGUUGAGGAGAGAGAAUGGGAGUUGGGCUGGCAAUGUUCAAGGGACUGUAUCUUCACUCCUUCGCCAUGCUUGUCAGCCUCCACCUCUCCUCUUCCCCUUUCUCCGACCGCCGCGUCCUGUCUUUCGUCUCCCUUGCUUCCUCUUCCAAACCGGCCCUCUCCCUCUCGCUGCUUCUCCUCUCUCUCUUCUUCUUCCCCACCUGCGAGUGUCGCCGUGGAGGCGGGAUCGGGACGCCCGUCGGGGGCAUGAGCGGCGGCGAGCGAGGCCAAUCGAUCAUCAGCCCUCCUCAUUAUCCUCCACCAGGAGUCAAUCCAGUGGGUCCUCCCUUGCCACCAAAGUUUUCUCAAGGCCUUAGCAUUGCAGUGAUCCUUGUGGGAAACUCCAGCGAGGUGUCUCUCUCUGAAGGUCUGGAGAAAGAGGACUUCCUACAUGUGCCUCUCCCUCCCAAAGUCGAGCUGGUCACAAUGAACGAAACCGACCCCAAGAGUAUCAUAAACCGCAUCUGUGCUCUAAUGUCACGGAACUGGCUCCAGGGUGUGGUGUUUGGGGACGAUACCGAUCAGGAGGCCAUCGCCCAGAUAUUGGACUUCAUCUCGGCUCAGACGCACAUCCCCAUCCUGGGCAUCCGCGGAGGCUCUUCCAUGAUCAUGGCCGCCAAGGAUGACCAUUCCAUGUUCUUCCAGUUUGGUCCCUCUAUAGAACAGCAAGCCUCUGUCAUGCUUAACAUAAUGGAGGAAUAUGACUGGUACAUAUUCUCCAUCGUCACCACCUACUAUCCUGGAUACCAGGACUUUGUCAAUCGGAUCCGGAGUACCGUUGAGAACAGUUUUGUUGGCUGGGAGCUGGAAGAGGUGCUGCUCUUGGACAUGUCAGUAGACGAUGGCGACUCAAAGAUCCAGAACCAGAUGAAGAAGCUCCAAAGUCCUGUUAUACUACUGUACUGCACUAAAGAAGAAGCCACAACCAUUUUCGAGGUGGCACAUUCUGUCGGCCUCACUGGUUACGGUUACACCUGGAUCGUACCGUCUCUGGUGACAGGGGAUGCAGAUAAUGUACCCAGCGUCUUUCCAACAGGUUUGAUCUCUGUUUCCUACGAUGAGUGGGACUACGGGCUGGAGGCUCGAGUGCGUGAUGCUGUAGCCAUAAUCGCCAUGGCAACCUCCACAAUGAUGCUGGAUCGGGGUCCUCACACGCUGCUUAAGUCUGGAUGCCACGGCACACCUGACAAGAAAGGCAGCAAGUCAGGAAACCCCAACGAGGUGCUGAGGUACCUCAUGAAUGUGACAUUUGAAGGGCGCAACCUCUCCUUUAGCGAGGACGGUUUUCAGAUGCACCCAAAGUUGGUUAUUAUACUGUUAGAUAAGGAGAGGCAGUAUGACAGGGUCGGUAAAUGGGAGAACGGGUCUCUGACAAUGAAGUACCACGUGUGGCCUCGGUUCGAGCUGUACUCGGAUGCUGGGGAGCGAGAGGAUGACCACCUGUCCAUUGUUACGCUGGAGGAGGCUCCAUUUGUUAUUGUGGAGGAUGUCGACCCCCUCAGUGGCACCUGCAUGAGGAAUACAGUGCCGUGCAGAAAACAGCUCAAACUCCAAAAUCAGACAGGAGAUUCAGGGAUCUACAUUAAACGCUGUUGCAAGGGCUUCUGUAUAGACAUCCUCAAAAAGAUCGCCAAGUCUGUAAAAUUCACCUACGAUCUCUACUUGGUGACCAAUGGGAAGCAUGGCAAAAAGAUCAAUGGCACAUGGAAUGGCAUGGUUGGAGAGGUGGUGCUUAAGAAUGCCCACAUGGCAGUGGGGUCCCUGACCAUAAAUGAAGAGAGGUCAGAGGUCAUUGACUUCUCUGUGCCCUUCAUAGAGACAGGGAUUAGUGUCAUGGUCUCUCGUAGCAAUGGCACAGUGUCUCCUUCUGCCUUUUUAGAGCCCUUCAGCGCUGAUGUCUGGGUAAUGAUGUUCGUUAUGCUGUUGAUAGUUUCAGCCGUGGCUGUCUUCGUCUUUGAGUACUUCAGUCCUGUUGGCUAUAAUCGCUGCUUGGCAGACGGACGAGAGCCUGGCGGUCCCUCCUUCACCAUUGGAAAAGCUAUUUGGCUACUUUGGGGUUUGGUCUUCAAUAACUCUGUGCCUGUGCAGAACCCCAAAGGCACUACUAGCAAGAUCAUGGUAUCAGUCUGGGCCUUCUUCGCUGUGAUUUUCCUGGCCAGCUACACUGCCAACCUGGCCGCAUUUAUGAUUCAAGAGGAAUAUGUGGACCAGGUGACUGGCCUGAGUGAUAAAAAGUUUCAACAUCCGAAUGACUUUUCCCCUCCGUUCCGGUUCGGUACUGUGCCCAAUGGCAGCACCGAGAGAAACAUAAGGAAUAACUACAAGGAGAUGCACAGCUAUAUGACCAGCUUCCACCAGAAAAACGUAAACGAGGCCCUCCACAGCCUGAAGACGGGUAAAUUGGAUGCAUUUAUCUACGAUGCAGCGGUCUUGAACUACAUGGCCGGACGUGAUGAGGGCUGUAAACUAGUGACCAUUGGCAGUGGUUACAUCUUUGCUACUACAGGGUAUGGCAUUGCCAUUCAGAAAGACUCGGGCUGGAAGAGGGCAGUGGACCUCGCCAUUCUGCAGCUUUUUGGAGAUGGUGAGAUGGAGGAACUUGAGGCCCUGUGGCUGACUGGCAUCUGCCACAAUGAGAAAAAUGAGGUGAUGAGCAGUCAGCUGGAUGUAGACAACAUGGCAGGUGUGUUCUACAUGCUGGGAGCUGCAAUGGCCCUGUCCCUUAUCACAUUCAUCGCAGAGCACCUCUUCUACUGGCAACUGCGAUUCUGCUUCAUGGGUGUGUGCUCGGGCAAGCCCGGCAUCACCUUCUCCAUCAGCAGGGGCAUCUACAGUUGCAUCCAUGGUGUUCAGAUUGAAGAGAACAAAUCAGCCCUUAACUCACCAUCAGCCACUAUGAACAUGAACAUGAACAACACCCACUCCAACAUUCUCCGUUUGUUGCGUACUGCCAAAAACAUGACCUCUGUGCCUGGGGUCAAUGGUUCACCUCACAGCGCAUUGGACUACAGCCAUCGUGAGUCAGCCGUUUAUGACAUCAGUGAACACCGGCGCAGCCUAGCAGGCCACACAGACUGCAAGCCUCCACCAUACCUGCCAGAGGACAACAUGUUCAGCGACUAUGUAAGCGAGGUGGAGAGGACUUUUGGGAACUUGCACCUGAAGGACAGCAACCUGUACCAGGAUCAUUACCUACACCACCAUGGGGGCACGGGAUCCGAACUGGCUCUCGGUAUGUCGGGUCCCCUGCCUAACCGACCUCGUAGCUUAGGGAGUGCCAGUUCAUUGGAGGGUGGGUACGAUUGUGACAGCUUAGGGGGAGGGGUAGCGCCCAUCUUCACCACCCAGCCACGGCAGUCGCUGACACAUCGGAACAGGGAAAAGUUUGACCUGAUUGCAGGUCACCCAACCCAGUCAAGCUUCAAGUCUGGCCUUCCUGAUCUAUACGGAAAGUUCUCCUUCAAGGGUGGGGCAUCCAGUUCAGGGUUUAUUGCAGGACAUGACAGGUACUGUGGGGGAGGUGGGGUGGGAUCAGGAGGGGACGAUGGAAACAUUCGAUCCGACGUGUCUGAUAUUUCCACUCACACCGUGACCUAUGGGAACCUCGAAGGGCACGGAAAACGGCGCAAGCAGUACAGGGACAGCCUAAAAAAGAGACCCGCUUCUGCCAAAUCUCGCCGUGAGCAGGAUGAGAUUGAGCUUGGCUUCAGGAGACGCCCCCACCACACUAUCCAUCAUCAUCACCACCAUCAUCCUGCAACACAAGCACACCGCUCAGCCACCCCGCCCGUGGAGCGCAAGAGUCAGAGAGGUGGUAACUGCACCUCCUAUCUAUUCAGAGACAAAGAUAAUUUGAGGGACUUCUAUGUGGACCAGUUUCGAGCAAAGGAAGGGGCAUCCCCAUGGGAACAUUUGGAUUUAAGUGAUGCUCCAGGAAUGGGUGGAGGAGUGGGACUGGGCGGAGGCGGUUGCGGUGGAGUAGUUAGUAGCGGUGGUGCUGGGGGAGCGUGCACUAGUUUGGUUCCCAUGGAAGAUUUCCUGAAAGGUAAAUCUAAGAAGACAGAAUGUAAGGGUGGAAUGGGAGGAGGAUCACCUGGGCAACAGGGCCAUGCAUGCUGGGAAAAGGGCAUCGGAGGGGUGGGAGGGUUGGCUGGAGGGGAUUGGGAAUGUCGCAAUUGCCACAGUGGAGGGGUUGGAAGUGGAGGAAGCAAGCCAGUUUGCAUGCAUGGGGGAGGCGGGGCUGGGGGCUAUCCAGCUGCUGGGGGAGUUGGGGGAUCCAGUGGAGGGAGUGGACAAAUCUCAAGCCGCCCUAGUUCAGCCUCCUGCAAGCGGUGUGAUUCGUGCAAGAAACCGGGCAACUUGUAUGACAUCAGUGAGGACAACCACCUCCUUUUGGAUCAAAUUGGGGGCAAGCACCCUCUGGAGAGCGGAAAGGGAGGGGGAGGCACAGGGGCCCAAACCCAGGUACAGAGGCGGAAAUUUGGCCCAGGUGGUAAGGUUUUGCGCAGGCAGCACUCUUAUGACACAUUUGUAGAGCUGCAGAAGGAAGGGGCAGGCAGGAUGGGUGGGUUUGGAGGCAGUGGCGGAGCGUCAAUGCUUCCUCCACCCCGAAGCGUGAGCCUAAAAGACAAAGACCGCUACAUGGAGGGCGCAAGCCCCUACGCCCAGAUGUUUGAGCAGUAUGCGGGAGGGGAGCGGGAGACAUCAUAUUUUGGGGACAGAGGGAAGGGCGGGGGUUCAUCAUUUAGCUUAUUUCGUGGGGGUGAAGGUGGGUUGCACCGUCGCUCCGUGGGUGAGAGAGACAUGAGGGACAGGGAUAGAGGCAUGAUGGGAGGAGGUGUGGGCGGUACCCGAGGGGUCGGGACUUACUCCUUGUCUAAAUCUCUCUACCCAGAUAAGGUGAACCAGAACCCAUUCAUCCCAACCUUCGGCGAUGACCAGUGUCUAUUACACGGUGCCAAAUCAUACUACAUCAAAAAGCAGCAGGCACAGCCGCAGCAGCAACAGACGCCGCAGCAGCAGCAACAGCUCCUCAACAACAGUCGGGCUGACUUCCGGGGCUCCAUGGGGGUGACUUCCUAUUUGCCUGCUUCCGCAACUUCUGGGGUGCUGUCCAAUGUGGCCCCUCGGUUCCCCAAGGAGCUAUGUCUGGGCGGGCCUCUUGGCAACCACCACGGUGGAGGACCUAGCAACAACAAGCUGCUGUCAGCAAGGGAUGGGUUAGGAAUGGGUCAAGGACAGAGACCGUUUAAUGGAUCAAGCAAUGGACAUGUUUAUGAGAAGCUUUCCAGUAUAGAGUCCGAUGUCUGAAAAUGGGAGUCAGAAGCUGAUAGAAAUGUGGAAAAGAAGCCAACGGACAUGUGGAAUGAUGAUUGAAAGAAAACUGAAAAGGAAGUGUGUAAUUAGUACCUUCAUGCUCACAAAAAGAAGAGGAAACCGUGUAUGGAACUGACUCAUGCUUUCAUUAAGUUAGGCGGAUCAUGCGCUGCCAAGCGUACGCAUGUAAAUAGAGAGAGGGGACCUGCCCACUGUCGAAAAGUUGAGAUUAGGGGGAAAAACCUGUUUAUUUCACUCUUUUAUUCUCUUGUUUUUUUUUUUUUUUUUGUAUAUCCCACUAUUUCCCUGCUCCUAACAUCAAAAUUGCGGCCUAUCCAGAUGGAGACAACCGUGUACAAUCCUUUGUACAAUUGUGGAUGGAAAUCAUUUACUCUUUUUAAACAACAGGGUAAAACUUACAAUAAUUGUAUUGAUAAUGUUCUUGAUAAUAAUAUUAUUAUAUAUUAUUACAAUGUUUAUGAUGUUCCAUUUGGGCUUGGUUUCUGGAUGUUUUAUGCUGUUAUAUAUUUGUACUGUAGUUUCAGUUCUUGGUUAACAAACCACUUUGCGGGAGGCUUAUUUGAUUUGUCAGUUGAGCUAAUUUGAUUGUUAACUGAGUUGUAGACAAACUUGGAUUCCAUAAAGGUUCUUUAUUAUUGGUUAUUCAAGUUUAUUUUACCAGUAUGGAGUGCUGUAAAAUGUGUGUACAAGGCAUGAUUUGCAAAGUACUUCAGCUGUACUUGAGAUAUCAUUGUGAAGGAAAUGUAUUCUUUUCACCUUAUUUUAUAAUGUUACGUUUGUUAGAACAAUAUUGGUUUAAUACACAGCACAUUAUGUGCCUUACCAAGACUUAACAGAAUACCAGAUUUACAGGUCAUAUUGCCAUGGUAACUUUCUGGUCACUGCACACAGAUUUGUCAUUGGAUGAUUCAUAUUAUUCUGGAACCUUCCUUUUAAUGAUAUAAGCACUGAUAUGGAAUAUCCAGCAUUGAGGAGACAAAGUAGCCUGAAUGUGUUCAUAGUACUAAACUCGAGAACUAAGUUCUAAAGAAAACCAGUUAAAUUAUCAUUCUGACUAGUUCUAAUAAUAGGAACGUAGGAUAUUUGAGGUCUGCACAACAUUGUACAGUGCACAGUAUCCUCCCUGAGAGUUGAGCUGCAGGGUGUCACAUCUGUAUGGUGUUAUCUACAAUAUAGAAACAAAAAUCAAUUGAAUAUUUUUUCCUCCACUGUCCCCCAUUUCUUAGGAAGUCUUUGAUCAAGCAGUAAAAUAACAACUGUGUCAUGGAUUUGUUUCCUCUUAGAAUGCAGUUAGUAUUGGAUAUACUUAUCUGUACUUUCCUUAGGGAGACACCAGUGCACAGUAUGUAGGGUUUUGCAAGAUUCUCAGCAAAUGCUUGCAUUUUGUUAUGUAAAUAUUCAUUUUUUCCACAUUGUACAGUGAAUAGACAGAAAGGAUGUAACUCUACAGAUUUAUGUUUUACAUUAUUUGUUAGAUAUUUUAAGAAUUAGAGUGAAGGUUAUCAGUCCAACUUUGCUGCAAAAUGUAUCAGUUUAAAACUCAAUGGUAUGGAUAAACAUUAAGAAUUUUUUAUAAUCCUCCCUAUUGUUGUCCAGGCUAAUACAAUCCUCUACUGCACCUGUACAGCAGAAGUGAAAUUUUCUAGAUAUUUUCGUUAUAUUCGCCAGUCCUUUUUUAACUACUUAAGACAUGAUAAUGGUAGGGAUGACUCCAGUUAUUUCCCCUAUCCAUUUGAGGUUAAUUUGCAGCUUUAAUACCCACUUAUAUGAAGUAGAGGUAUUUCUCAGGAAUUUUGGAUGGGCACAGGCAAAAACGAACAUAUCAUUUAACUAAAUUGCCUAAUUAACUAAAUCAAUAAACAAGUGAACUCAUUUAAUUGGAUAAACGUGAGGUUCUUUGCAAGUAUUUAUUUACUGUUUUUUUUUUUCUUUUCAUUUUUGAAACCACAAAUGAACUCAUGACAGGGCAGUCUGAACACAUUGUCUUUUUUUGAACUUUUGGCCCACAGCUUAGAUAAAAAUCCUUUACUUGAAGUUAGUUGUGUUUAUUGCAGAUUUUGUUUAUACAUUUUCUUUGUGAAUGAACUGUUAGCCAAACAGAUCUCCACUUUAAGCACAAUAUUUAUAAUAUUUUGUUUAUAAUUGAUGUAUAGCUAUCAAUUUGUGAAUUUUUAUCUUAACUUUUUGCCAUUCUUUUUUGACUCAGUUGUCUUUGUGUGAGAGUUUGUGUUUAAGACAAGCAUGCAUGUCUUUUACUUAUUUAUUGCCAUAUCUUUAGCGUUUCAUACAUUUAUGUCUAUUUAGAUAUCAUGCCUGCUCUUUGUGGAUGCAAUAUGUUGAUAAACUGUGCAUCAUACAGGUUCAGGGCCAUACAAUAGAUGUGGUGAUUCUAAUAAACUGACAAGAUCUUUGAAAAAUGGAUAUGUAUGGAAUAAUAACUCAAUAGGGAAAUUAUCAGGCAAACCCAAAUCUGGGUGAUAGUGCUCGAUUUUGUCAGGAAUAUUGCUAUUAGGUAAGGAGAAGACCAUUUUUGUGUCCAAUGCUAAUUUUGCCAUUUUUUGUCACACAAGAUUUUCUCACUUGCUCUCACAAUACCUUUCUUUGCAUGGUACCAUGUUUUCAAAUUACCCUUAAGAUUUUUUUAUGCUUGGUCUACUUUUUUCUUUUAUUUAGUAAAUCCUUUAAAGAUAUCUCAUAAGAUAUCUCUUAACAUUGUGGCAUUUUUUAAGAUCUAGAGAUGUGUUGACAGACUUAGACCAUUGCAUUUCCUGUCAAUCUCUGUGUUUGUACUGGAGAGUCAAGCCUAUAGUUUUUAGUAGUACAGUAUGUAGAGGAAGUAUUGUGUGAUUGCGUGUGCGAGUGUCAGGGACAUUUGCCUUUGCUCUUCCUGAAAAGCUUUCCAAUUUUAUAUUUCAUUUCGAUUCACACUUUAAAGAUGUGGCCUUGUAAAAGCAUGCUAAUAUCAUUUGAUAAAUACAGGUUUAGUGAGACAGAAUAUACAACGGAGAUGGGCCGAUAAAAUGGGCGGAAGAGGACGGGAGGGGUAGUAGCCAAUGUUCUAUGUUUUUUUUUUUUCUAUUCUCAUUCAUUCUCAUUCUAACUAAUAUUUUUCUUGAUGACUGGUAGGAUAAGACUUCAGUAGUUUGAUUCUAUUUUAUUGGUUUGUCAUUUUAGAGCCCUCCCCAGUAAGGUACGUCACAUAUGAUUGUACGUGUAUCUGAAAUCAUAUGCUUGAUUACCUCUGUGUGAGAGUGGGCAUGUGUGCGUGCAGGUGUUUGUGUGAGUGUGUGUGUGUGUGUGUGUGUGAGAGAGAGAGAAGGAAACAGAGCACAGUGCAAUGGUUAUCUAUUAUGUCUGCUGUAAAUAAUUAUGUCCCCUUUCCAUAGCCUUUUAAUAUACGAAGACAAAUAUUUAAAAUAUUGAAGUUUGAGAUACAUUUUUGUCUGGAAGAUUUUUUAUAGCCACAUGGGGAAAAAGUUAUUAGACCACUGGACCAGGAGCACAGUGCCAUUCUAAUAGCAUCCGAGGAGCAGAAUUUAAGACACAAAUUUACACCGUUGUUGUCUUUAAUUCUGUCUUUCUUGUAUUUUAACCACUUAUUUUAAAUCUUACUUAUGGAUCACAAUUGUACAGAUUCUGUAAAUAUGACAAAAAUGGUUUCCUUUUUCUGUUUUUGUAUAGAGAGAGAAUACAUGUGUUAAGGCUACAAUAAUUUAAUGAGACAUUUCACAAUACUUAAGCUAUUGAGAAUACAGACACAGUGUGAAAAGUGCUAAGAUAUAUUCUUCUGUCUCUUUGUACAAAACAGUGUUGACUAAAAACAAAAUAAAAGGGAGAGAUCUCAAGCUUUAUA